CGGAGUUUCACUUUGUAACUUUUAAGUAGUCUGGACGCCGCCCCGCCUGGCCAGGUGGAGCCAGACAACCUCCCCGGGCCGCGCCGGGCCGCAGCGCCGCCGCCGCAGGGAAGCCUGUAAAGGCUGGUGCCCCAUGACCCCAGUCUGGAAAGCCCUGCAGGAAAUGAGUGGCGGACCUGAGGCAGCUUGGGAGGGUGGCCAGGGCUGCCACUGCCUUUGCUAGAGCCUGCAUCAACUGAGGUCCUCUCCAAGGCGUUCAUCCACACUUCCUUCCCCUGGCAUCUGGGAGGACCAGCACGAUGACUGACUCCCCAUUCCUGGAGCUGUGGCGAUCCAGGGCAGUGGCCAUCCGCCAGCGGCUGGGCAUCGGGGACCAGCCCAAUGACUCCUACUGCUACAACUCGGCCAAAAACAGCACCGUGCUCCAGGGGGUCACCUUCGGUGGCAUCCCCACUGUCCUCUUCAUAGACGUCAGCUGCUUCCUGUUUUUAGUAUUGGUAUUUUCCAUCAUAAGAAGAAACUUCUGGGAUUAUGGCCGCAUUGCCCUGGUGUCAGAAGCAAACAGUGAGUCCAGAUUCCAGAGACUGUCAUCUUCCUCCUCAGGGCAGCAGGACUUUGAAAGCGAGCUGGGAUGCUGCCCCUGGCUGACUGCAGUCUUCCACCUGCGAGAUGACCAGAUCCUGGAGUGGUGUGGGGAGGACGCCAUCCACUACCUGUCGUUCCAGAAACACAUCAUCUUCCUGCUGGUGGUGGUCAGCUUCUUGUCUCUGUGUGUCAUCCUGCCCGUCAACCUCUCGGGGAGCUUGCUGGACAAAGACCCUUACAGCUUUGGGAGGACGACCAUCGCAAACCUACAGACUGACAACGACCUCCUUUGGCUGCACACCAUCUUCGCUAUCCUUUACCUCAUCCUCACUGUGGGCUUCAUGCGGCACCACACCCAGUCCAUCAAGUACAAAGAGGAGAACCUGGUGAGGCGGACCCUGUUCAUCACAGGACUCUCCAGAGACGCGAAGAAGGAGACUGUGGAGAGCCACUUCCGGGACGCGUAUCCCACGUGUGAAGUGGUGGAGGUCCAGCUGUGCUACAACGUGGCCAAGCUGAUUUACCUGUGCAGGGAGAGAAAAAAGACAGAGAAGAGCCUGACCUAUUACACAAACCUGCAGAUGAAGACAGGCCAGCAGACCUUCAUCAACCCCAAGCCCUGCGGCCAGUUCUGCUGCUGUGAAGUGAAGGGGUGUGAGUGGGAGGACGCCAUCGCCUACUACACGCGCAUGAAGGACAGGCUGACGGAGAGGAUCACAGAAGAGGAAUGCAGGGUCCAGGACCAGCCCCUGGGAAUGGCCUUCGUCACCUUCCAGGAAAAGUCCAUGGCCACCUACAUCCUGAAGGACUUCAAUGCCUGCAAGUGUCAGGGCCUUCAGUGCAAAAGUGACCCGCAGCCAUCCUCCCACAGCAGAGAGCUCUGCAUCUCCAAGUGGACGGUCAGCUUCGCCGCUUACCCCGAAGACAUCUGCUGGAAGAACCUCUCUAUCCAGGGCCUCCGCUGGUGGUUCCAAUGGCUGGGCAUCAACUUCACUCUCUUCUUGGGGCUGUUUUUCCUGACCACGCCCUCCAUCAUCCUGUCCACCAUAGACAAGUUCAACGUCACCAAACCCAUCCAUGCGCUAAAUGACCCCAUCAUCAGCCAGUUCUUCCCAACCCUCCUCCUGUGGUCCUUCUCAGCCCUGCUGCCCACCGUCGUUUACUACUCUACACUGCUGGAGUCUCACUGGACCAAGUCAGGGGAAAACCGAAUCAUGAUGACCAAGGUCUACAUAUUCUUGAUCUUCAUGGUGCUGAUUCUGCCCUCCCUGGGCCUCACCAGUUUGGAUUUUUUCUUCCGGUGGCUCUUUGAUAAAACUUCCUCGGAGGCCUCUGUCAGGUUGGAGUGCGUCUUCCUGCCCGACCAGGGCGCCUUCUUUGUGAACUAUGUCAUCGCCUCGGCCUUCAUUGGCAACGGCAUGGAGCUGCUGCGGCUGCCCGGCCUCAUCCUCUACACCUUCCGCAUGGUCAUGGCCAAGACUGCAGCCGACCGUAGGAACAUCAAGCAGAACCAGGCCUUCGAGUACGAGUUUGGAGCCAUGUAUGCGUGGAUGCUCUGUGUCUUCACCGUCAUCAUGGCCUACAGCAUCACCUGCCCCAUCAUCGUGCCGUUCGGCCUCAUCUACAUCCUGCUCAAGCACAUGGUCGACCGGCACAACCUCUACUUCGCCUACCUCCCGGCAAAGCUGGAGAAGCGAAUCCACUUCGCAGCCGUGAACCAGGCCUUGGCCGCUCCCAUCCUGUGCCUCUUCUGGCUCUACUUCUUUUCCUUCCUGCGCCUGGGUCUGAAGGCUCCCCUCACCGUGUUCACCUUCCUGGUGCUUCUGCUUACCAUCCUGGUCUGCCUGGCCUACACCUGCUUUGGAUGCUUCAGGCACCUCAGCCCUCUGAACUACAAGAGGGUGUUAGUUCAGGAAGAUCGGUUUUGUUUAUCAUCGCAAGUUUUUGCUGUUGUCUGCAGUCCGAAGAAUCGGCAAGUGACAAAGGAAGUGAGGCGGGGGCCCACGUGCCAUCACCGUUCACAUCCUACGUGCCCCGGAUUCUGAACAGCUUGUCCUCGGAGAAAAUAGCCCUGUCCCCGCAGCAGCAGCAGACCUACGGUGCCAUCCACAACAUCAGUGGGACUGUCCCACGGCAGUGCCUGGAUCGGAGCCCUGCGGACAGCGUGGCGGCCGCCUGCCAGGAGGCCUGAGGGCCGGGGAGCUGCCGGGCUCGUCCAGACCCGGGGAGUUGGGAGGGGAAGAGACACAGGUGGAGAAGUGGCUUGACUCCAACCUCAACCAAGUCAGGACUUCUUUCCACCUGUUUUAAGCACAACAGCUCUAAAAAGAUGGGAGAAGAAAGGGGCUCUGGCCCUUGGCUGAGGCGGAAGUGCGGGACUGCCAUCAGGUGGUGGUCUUUUCUAGUCCUAGGAGUGGUAAGGGGAGGAUGUGCAGCUCUGGACUCUCCCUUGCUUGCCCAAGGCUCUAUUUCCAAGUCCCCCUUCUGCAUAAGUGCUCAGCUCUGUGGCCGGGAUGAUGCCCCUGAUGAUUUUCAGCAGGAUCAUGUGUUGGCACUGUGUUCCUCCAACCCAUUAGUGUGGUGACUGUAUCAAGCAAGAGGGGGAGGUACCGUGUGGAAGACCUUCUCCCUCUGAGCAUUCAGACACUGCCCCCCCUCCUCCGGGCACACACGCAACUGAUAACCAAAGAGUCUGCAGCAACCGCAGGCCUGAGAUGGGUGCCAGAUGAUGGUCCAGGUCCAUCCCAGCUUCCCCUUCUGGCUAUCAGGCCCUUCACACCCCUGCCCCCGGCCCCCAGGAGCGAGCCACAGGGCGCAGGACGGGAGCGGGCCGGUGCUGGGCCGCCCCAGUCUCCUCUACAUCCCUGCCAUGGUUCUGUGUUUUUCUGUCACGUUGCCAGUGACGCUGUGGCUGGGUCAGGGUCCCCUGCAGCUGGCAGAGACAAUGAGGACCACUAAUAAAAUGCCCAUUCAGCCAGACUGGU